UUUAAGUUAUGGAUGAUUCUAUAGUUCAUUAUUAAUUAUAAUUAAAUAAACGAUUUCCUAACUUUUACAUUCAAUAUUUCACAUAAAUGUCUUCUUCAACCUUCGGCCAAAAGAGAUUUCAACCUUCACCUCCAGAAAAAGGUAGUUUCCCUUUAGAUCACGAAGGCCAAUGCAAAAAAUCUGCAUACAGGUACAUGUUUUGUUUAAGUGUAAAUAACGGAGAUAACUCAAAGUGUCGUCAACAAACCAAAGAGUACUUGGAUUGCCGUAUGCAAAAUGAUUUGAUGGCUAAAGAAGAAUGGACAAAACUUGGUUUAGCUGAUACUGAAAAAUCGAAAAAUAGUAGUAAACCUGAAUAACCAUGCCACAUGUACUUAUCGUU